UUUGCGUAGAUUAGUCACAGCUCAGGCUUUGGCAGACAGGAAGGGGGUGAGGACAGACUGACAAAGACACACAUUAUAUAAAGACAGAAGGACUGACAGGCAGGGGGUGUCAUGGCGUCAAUGGACCGAUCAGGGGAUGUACUUCACGCUGGCCUGGCAGUUGUACUGCUGCUCGGGGUAUGGAGUGUUGGUGGACUGGAGGUAUCGACAGGUAAAGUGUCUUCAAUCGAAGCAAUGAACGGCUCCACGGUUCUGAUUCCCUGCACAUACUCCUCCUGCAUCGGCAUCAAAGACCUCUUCUUCAACUGGCAUUAUAAUGACAAUGGAACCAUGCUCAAGUUGUGUGAAGGAGAGAUCCCAAUGGAGGGCGUGGAGCCCAGAGGGCUCAGUGUGUACCAUGAACGUGUGGAGUUUGUCGGCUCCUCAAAGGGCAACAACAUCUCCAUCCUGCUGUGGAACAUCACCUUUGAAGAUCAGGGAGAGUACAUCUGUUUCGCCCGGAACCCGAAAGAGAAGAACCGCAACCACAGCGCUACCUUCACUCUGAUAGUGGUGGACGAACUGAGGGAGAUUGACAGCAGUUUGACGGUCGUCAUCGUCUCUGUGCUGGGUGGAGUCUUUGGCCUAGUUAUCUUCCUCAUGGUGGUAAAAGGCUUGGUUGUUAACUUCCUGCUGGAUGGCGGUGACAAAAAUAAAGAGUGCCUGGUGAACUCAGGGAACGACAACACAGAAAAUGGACUUUCAGGAGCCAAAGCCGACACCAAAGGGACACCAAAAGCAUGAGCAUAAAGCGAUGUAUGUCUGUAUGUUUGUAUAUAUGUUAGACAAAUGUACACGCUCAGAGAACAGGCUGUUAUCGAUGGACUGUUUUAUCUUACUAGUGGCUAUAGCUAAUAACAAUAUGUUAAUGUUUCUUUUAAAUCAUGCUUGAGAUUUGGGGGGUGUGAGACGUGCACAGGCCUGGAUCUCUCUUUCACUUAUACCGCAGCCCAGUUGUUACACAGAGUAUCGGUUAUCAAAUGCUGCUCAGACUGAAUUAUUUCUGCUGCCAACUUUAUAUACAUAUGCUUCCUUUUAUUCAAAGGAUAUCUUAACAUAAAUUAUAAAUGAUAUAUUAUUUAAUGAUUUGUGUUACCAAAACGUAAAUACCUGGGAUAUCACUUUAGAGGAAGAAUUUUGCACAAAGCAGAUUCUAAAUUGCCUUUUUUAUGUUGUUGUUGCUUUUAUUGAUAAAGUUUCUGGAUUUCAGUGACCCCGCUAAAAUACAGUUAGUAGUCUUAGUUGACUGUAUGUUUGAUUAUCCAUUUGGAAUUCAUGGUGUCAGUGUAAUCCACAACUCCGAGUGAAAUCAGGACCCAAACUUACCCCUGCAGUCAACUGAGCAACAGCUUACAAAGGAAAGAAAAAACUAACAAACAAACAAGCAAACAAACAAACAGUUCUGUCUAUGGAUCUAUUUUUUCAUAGACACAUUUUUGAACAGCUAGUUUUACUGCCGGGUCUAGGUCCGACAAACUGCCAGGUUGUGCUGGGUUCAGUGAUACUGAAUCUGCAGAUUUUGAUUAAUUGAGUCUACAACUGGGCUUUCGGAAAUGACUGAAAGGAUCCAGUCCUGCACUGGUUUUUAUUGUUUCGCUUUAGAUGAAACACAGGUGCCUGUUCUGCCUCUGCUCCCUCUGCUGGCGGGAGGUUAAAAACACAAAAAAAAUCUAUAAAAAAAACAAAAACAACCCUCAUCAGAGACAAUCCCCAGACCUGCACAGCUCCCUAUAGAAAGGAAUGAACUUAAUCAUGCUGCUUCUGACUAAUAAUCAAUGCAUUUUUAGCAUGUGUGCAUUUUAUAUAACGUCAUUUAAGUAUAUGUUGUCUCGUACCACAAGACAGGAACAUUUCUGUGGAUCGCUGUAUGUUCUCAUUUAACCCUUCACAUCAACUGAAUGAAGCUGAGUAAAUGCCAGACGAGCACCCUCCCUCCAAACACUGCUACAGCUAUUCUCACCCCUUUAACCAGAUCAGGGUGAUGACCCAUCUUUUAGGGUCGGGACCUGCAGGUAUUUGUGGGAAAAGAAGGGUGAAAAAGACAAUUUAAACUUAUUAAAACGUUCAAACUUGUUUAGAAUCACUUCAUUUAAGAAGUUUAAUACGUUGGCACUUUGUUCAAUGGCAGAUCAGCAGUAUAUACAGUGAGUGUGAAGAGCAACAUGCGUACGCAGUUCUCUGGAUACCAAUUCACCUUUACUUUACCAUUUUCUCUAUAGAAGAACCACAGAUUUGCUUGGAUAACCAUAAAUCAACACCCUUAAAAUACAGUACGCAUCCAUGCACUUGUGAUUGUGCUCAAGCAUCCAAACGUGUCCACUGACACAGCCUCAAUAUUACAGGUAGCACAGCACUGGUACAGAUCACUACAGAAGAAUGUAACGACUCAGUCAGGGAUGUUAAAUAUGGUCCAAUAAGUAUAGAUAUAUUUUAAUUCAUUAGAAAAAGAGUAUCCAACGUGUUAGUGUUGUUAUAAAAUUAAUCUGUGAAUAUUCUCCAAAGGCCAGAAUAUUGUAUUUAUUUUUUGUUCUGUACACCUGUACAACCUGCCGAUGCUUUCAAUGUUUCGAGUUCUGAGAGUUCAGAUUAGACCAAAACUACUUGCUGUGAUUGUACCGACAAACAUACGACACUGAGGACUGUAAGUGUAGUAUAUACACAUUUAAAUUGUGGAAGAUGCUCAAAUUUAAGAAUGGUACUCAAUAGAUUCCAUACCUCCGCCAAGGCCCAACAUUCCUCUAAAUUCACUAGAUCCGCAUUUGUCUUUUGUCUCUUUACCAAAUCAUACACACUCAUAAGUAUCAGUCCCCAAAUCAUGUCAGAGAUCCAUGAAUUAUUCACUGAGAAAUCAAUGAAAAUGUUGGAAAAUCUGCACCCUAAUCCAAGUCAUAAUUCAAUGGAUAAUUUCUCUAACUCAUACUAGACCCUACCACUACGUUAUCCAUCCAGGAGUUUUUUUGCAUAAUCCUGUCAACUAUCAAAGAAAGGAGAGAAAAAUUACCUCCUAUAGGUGGUAUCUAAGGUGGAAAGUUGAGUGCAAAUCUCCGCAAGGCCCAACAGUCGUCUUAAACUCAAUCAAACCCCACCAAGCUAAAUACACUUAUAGAUAUCUGUCCACUAAAUAUGCCUGCCAGUUCAAUAAAUAUCCCUCAUUUUUAAUGAAGGUACUUGAAUUUCCCCAAGGAAAAUAUUGAAAAAUACCCUAUCUUGCCAUGUUAAAGACAGUGAAAAUUAAUUCCUGGAUCUGCCCUCUGAUCCUGAUCCGGCACCAAACUUUAAAGGCUUCCUCACUGACACAUAUAACAUCCAGUUUUUUGCAUUUUCCUGCUAAAUAACAAAUGCAGAUGAAAACAUAACCUACUAGGCGGAGGUAAGGUAGCAUGUGUAAAGUCUUAAGGAUGAAACUUCUCAUCCAAUGGGAAGUCAACAUAAACGUAGUGUGAAGCUGCCCAUUGGAAACUCGAACCUCUCUUUGCGACCCUCAGUACGAGAGGUAGCUUCUGUGGAGCUGGCGGACAUGUGCCGUCACAGCCGCGUGCAUAGCUCAAACAGCUAUGACAGCUGAGAGCUACUCACAGACAUCUGCUCACGUACUCACAUACUAAAAAGACACUUUGAUACCAGGGCGCAGUACACUGGCCUUGCAUAUAGACGAUACAGCACUUUACCACUGAUCAGAGUGGCGACACAAAACAGGAUAUUAUGGGAAAGACUUCAGUCAUCGUUCUUUGUAAAUUCACAUUGUGUCAAAUGGUUUUAGCACUGACCGUCGACAAGUUGUCUCAUUGGAACAGAGCUCUUCGGCAAAGAUUUGAUCUUAUUUUUCUAUUCGCUCCGCCACUUCUGUUAGCCUGCUGCUCUCUGACACUGCAGUGCAUUUCCCUUCUUGCUUUCAAUGGACGCAAGAAGACGACAGACAGACCGAUAAUGCAAUAAACAGUUUUAAGGCACUUUACAGAUGUGUCUGGACCGGUUUGCGAUCGCAACUCCGUCUGUCCGAGGCACUGUUCAUACGUAGCUUCACUCUACUAAUGUAUCACAGUCAGACUAAUGUAUUGACAUUAGGUUCAUGUAUCUGCAUUAGACAGAUUUAACUGCAUUGGAUCAAUUGAGAUUAGAUCCCUUUUACACUUGGCCUGAAAUUCCCUGCGUAGAUGGAAUAUCUUCCAAGACGAGCUCAGAGCUUCAGGCCACAUUAGGAAACCACUUCUGACCUCUCUCUUCGAUUGACGAAAGCUCUACAGCAGAUUGCUGAAAACCCAAGUCAUUAAUGUUGUGUUCAGCCUAAUCCAGAGGUACGAAAAAUCUUCAUGUAAGUUGUAUCUAGAGAGAACUCAGAUAUAGUGUGGUUUAACCAAACCUCAUCACAUGACAGCCUUUAUACAGCUCUGUGUCGUAAGAAUUCAGUUCACAUGAGAUGUAAUUAGAUCUGUUUCAAAAUACAGAUACCAUGACAAACAACACAUUUAGAAAGGGGUCGCACUUUGGUUUGAAACCUCCAAUGGAAUUUUACUGCUGAAUAUCAAUGGAAUCAAGACUGAUCUAUGUCCACAGACCCAAACUUGCUUCCUCAUCCCACCAUCUGUGUGCAUAUCCCUCCAUAGUGUUCCUGUGGGAAAAAAACUACAACACUGUUGUUGUUUUCUCUUGAUUUAACUUUUCUUCCUCCAUAUCUCGAUCCUUGCCAAACAAAUAGUUGGAUUCAUGUAGGGAUUGUGAUGUAUUGCCUGUGUAUUUGUGGCCACAGUUCUAGAGCUUGUUUGGUUUUUCUGUGAUCACUAACCAGAUAUUUUGUUCCCUGGAGUGUAGCCCAUUAACCCUGCCUCACGAUUUCAGGAGAUUUAUUCUCUGCUGUUAUGGAGUUAUUUAUAUUCCUGACGAGAGUGAAAAACCUCCACAUCGAUAUUGGCCCAGUAAACCAGACACAGGCAUGUGGGAAGGCUGUAAGGCUGAUGGUCUGCUUCAAUGAAGGCCAGGUACAGCAUGUAAGCGGCAAACAGGAUAAUAUGAUUUCAUAUAUGAAUGCAGACAGUGUAGAUCUAUAGCUGUGGAUCUGCUGCUGCCUUCAUCACAACAUGAAUUUAUCCUGGCUCAUUUAACCUCUAUCACAUUCUGACCUGUAUGUAUUUCGCCAAGAAACAUCCUUUCGUGGGUUGAUGUCGGCUUAACAACUGCUCGCAGUGUUUGCUGCAGUACUGACUCUGCCCUGACUAGAGUAGGACGCUCCUCUGCAGUGGUGCAGCACACCACAGUCAACACAACGUGACUGCCACUUGGUGGUCAAUGCCUAACACAUCAGACAAGCUUGGGCAGAAGCUGAUGAGACAAACAAACAGGCGCUUCUUGCAUUUCAAUUCAGACCAUGAAAAAAAACCUGUGUCAAGUGAAGCUAGAAUUAUGAUUUGAGUGUUAAGAUCAUUCUUACAGCAGAGACAAUUUAUGAUUAUUAAAUAGAAUUGAAGUGUUGCUAAUUGCUUCGCAUAAUGCUACUAGUUAUAUUGCUAAAAAAUAUACAUUACUUACAUUAUUGUACUGUUCUAUCUACGUUUAAUAUGGGGGGGGGACUCAUCCUGUUCAAGUUUACACUUAAACUUUUAGGAGAAGGAUACAUGACACAAUUUGUACAACUUGGAUUCUUUAUCAAAUUGCUCCCAGUUGACGGCUACAUUGAGCAUUAAAGUAGUUACAGAUAGUCUCAGUGUUACCGACUGACCGCUAUGGUAUUGCUCUUACUGCCAGGAAGGCUGAAACUUACACUGCCAGUCCAAGAGUCUCACGUCUGCUGUUGUUCUGACACUAUUUACAAUGACACACAGUGACUCUAUUUGUACACCACAAACACAGAUAGUAUUAGGGUCUCCUGCCCGUAUCGACGGUACUCUCAGUGCUGAAUCCUACGUGAUAUCGCUCUAGCACUACCGAUGUGUUUCUAGCGGCUGAAACUCACACUGCCAAGCCAUGAGUCUGACGUCUGCUCUCCACUUCCCACAUUCCACUCGGAUCAAACGAUCAAACAACGGAUCUAAUGUUGGUUUAAUGCAGCAAAGAAAAUACAUUAAUUUUACUACAAUCCCAGUGCAAGGGGAUGAUAGAUAAACGAGAUGAAUGUGGGCGCCAUAGGUUCUUAUUUAGGCACAAACACAAUCGUUUCCAUUGUAGGAAUUUUGAGAUAGCAAUCAAAAUCAUAAAAAGUAAUUAUUGUUAGCAUAUUGUGACCUAGUGUGUGUCAAUGUUUGAUCACGUGUCUAGCAAACUGCCUUCCGUAACUCUUAUAGACCACGGCUUUAGCUAGAGAUUUGAAUUACAAGCACAGGCUGACACUCACUGCAGUCCUGCAUUUUGAACUAUUUCAACAAUAUUUUUUUACACGUUCAGUCAAUUCUAUCAAUGUCCUAAUUACAAACUUAUAUCUACACAGUAAUCUAACUCCACUGACCGUACAGAAAUGAUGACACUUUACAGUCUGUCAAUAAUCUUGCAGCAAGUUCCACACACACACAAACACACUCACGGACAACAAUUCUGCCACCCCAGGUUUCCUGAAUCUACUUUUCUGUGACGUUCAGCUGUUUGUCUGUGUUUGUGACCAUGUUGCUCAUGCUCCCUUCAUGACUAUACACCACAAACUCUUGUUGAAAAAAUACAUCCUGGAAAUAAAACCCUGAUUGAAAAAUU